CCCAAACCGCCGCUGCUGCCGAAUUUUCCGCCAGCACUUUCAAUAGCCGAACGGGAAGUCAAAUACUCUCUCGUGGAGAUCCACAGUCCGCCCUCUCAAUCUAAGCAAGAUGGCAACGCCGCCAGGAGCAAACUUCGAUGGGAAUCCGCCUGUGGCACCGCAGCCGCCUGGGACUGACAUGACGGGAAUAUGCUUCAGAGACCAGCUAUGGCUGAACACCUACCCUCUAGAUCGAAACCUGAUAUUCGAUUACUUCGCCUUAUCCCCUUUCUAUGAUUGGACUUGCAAUAACGAGCAGCUUCGAUUGCAGUCCAUUCAUCCCCUGGAUAUCUCUCAGCUCUCGAAAAUGACGGGCAUAGAAUACAUGCUGAGUGAAGUGAUGGAGCCCAAUCUCUUUGUUAUUCGCAAACAGAAGAGGGAUAGUCCUGAGAAAGUCACGCCAAUGUUGACUUAUUAUAUCUUGGAUGGAUCAAUAUACCAAGCACCUCAGCUUUGCAAUGUCUUUGCAGCUCGAAUUGGACGAGCACUGUAUUAUAUAUCGAAGGCCUUUACUGCUGCUGCCUCAAAGCUGGAAAAGAUUGGAUAUGUUGAUGAAGGUGAGGGGGUGCCUUCUGAGCCAAAAGCUGGUAAGGACUUGAUCGACUUCAAGGAAGUUAAGCGAAUAGAUCAUAUUCUUGCCUCCUUACAGCGCAAGUUACCGCCAGCCCCUCCACCACCACCAUUUCCAGAUGGCUAUGUUCUUCCAACAACAGAAGCAGAGAAAGGUGCUGAAACCCAGCAAGGGGUAGAGUCACAACCCCCAGUUGAUCCAAUCAUUGACCAAGGUCCUGCCAAACGAAUGAAGUUCUGAACUGCAAAGCUGUUGUUUUAUUAUUAGAAAGCAGAACUAUCCAUUCUGGCAAGAUUUUUUUUAGGAAAAUAGGCUGUUCAACUAAUUUAACACCUUGUUGUAAUUAAUCUAAAAAUUCCUUACAUCUGAAAUGCCAAAUACGAUGAAACAUUGUAACAUGAGGAUAUGUAUGUGAAUGUUCAACCUUAUUAUUUAUGCGUA